CCACCACCACCUUCGACUUCACCGCCUAUAUGCUUCGGAAGGCUGAUACAGUUAACAAAGCCUUGGACGCAGCCAUAGCGAUGAAGGAACCUGAGAAGAUCUACGAGGCCAUGCGUUACUCUCUCCUCGCCGGAGGCAAGAGGGUCCGCCCGCUUCUCUGCAUCGCCGCCUGCGAGCUUGUCGGCGGAGACGAGGAAACCGCACUCGCCGCCGCAUGCGCCGUGGAGAUGAUUCACACCAUGUCGCUCAUCCACGACGACCUCCCAUGCAUGGACAACGACGACCUCCGCCGUGGAAAGCCCACAAACCACAAAGCUUUCGGCGAAGACGUGGCCAUUCUCGCCGGCGACGCCCUCCUAGCCUUCGCCUUUGAACACAUCGCUGUGUCCACCAAAGGGGUGUCGCCAGUGAGGGUGGUCCGCGCCAUCGCGGAGUUAGCGAAAUCGGUGGGGUCAGAAGGGUUAGUGGCGGGUCAAAUAGUGGACACACAUUCCGAAGGGUUAUCGAAUGUGGGGUUGGAGAGGCUGGAGUACAUUCACCUGCACAAAACGGCGGCGUUGCUUGAAGCUGCGGUUGUGCUGGGAGGCAUAAUGGGUGGCGGAAACGACGAUGAAGUUGAGAACUUGAGGCUGUUUGCAAGGAGCAUUGGAUUGCUGUUUCAGGUUGUGGACGACAUUCUCGAUGUUACAAAGUCAUCGGAGCAACUUGGGAAGACGGCGGGGAAGGACUUGGUGGCUGAUAAAGUCACUUAUCCGAAGCUCUUGGGGAUUGAAAAGUCAAAGGAAUUUGCUCAUAAGUUGAACCAAGAUGCAUUGCAAUACCUUGCUGGAUUCGAUGAGGAUAAGGCUGCUCCCUUGGUUGCUCUUGCUAAUUUCAUUGCUAACAGGCAAAAUUAAUUAGUUCCGUGUUAUGAAUAAAUUAAGUGUCAAUCAUCUUAUUUUUAGUGUGUGUGGGGGUGUAUAUGUUUAUGUAGGAAAAUUAGGAUUCUUGAAACUUGAACCAUGGAUAUAUACAAAGAAUAUCUUGAAACUGGGGAUGGAGUAUUAUUUAUAAAUAAAUUAAAGUUCCUUUUAUUCAAA